AACCGGAAGACUUUGUUCCCUGUAUAGAAUGGGAGUAAUGUUUGAAAACAACUGGCUGGUGUUUAAAAUUGAACAUUGUUGUGAUUGUUUGUCCUAAUCCCAAUGCUGAAGUAAGAUUGUCUUGGAAUUACUAAUUUGGGGUAAUCCAAAUCUUCUGGAACCAUGAAAAUUUUGCUGGUUUUUGACUUUGACAAUACAAUCAUAGAUGACAAUAGUGACACCUGGAUUGUACAAUGUGCUCCAAACAAAAAGCUUCCUACUGAACUAAGUGAUUCUUACCAAAAAGGAUUUUGGACAGAAUUUAUGGGCAGAGUCUUUAAGUAUUUGGGAGAUAAAGGUGUUAGAGAACAUGAAAUGAAAAGAGCAGUGACAUCAAUGCCUUUCACUCCAGGGAUGGUGGAACUCUUCAACUUUAUAAGAAGGAAUAAGGAUAAAUUUGAUUGCAUCAUUAUUUCAGAUUCAAAUUCGGUCUUCAUAGACUGGGUUUUAGAAGCUGCCAGUUUUCAUGACGUGUUUGAUAAAGUGUUUACAAAUCCAGCAGCUUUUAAUAGCAAUGGUCAUCUCACUGUGGAAAAUUAUCAUACUCAUUCUUGCAAUCGAUGCCCAAAGAAUCUUUGCAAAAAGGCAGUUUUGAUAGAAUUUUUAGAUAAACAGCUGCAACAGGGAGUGUAUUAUACACAAAUUGUUUAUAUUGGUGAUGGUGGAAAUGAUGUCUGUCCAGUCACUUUUUUAAAGAACGAUGAUGUUGCCAUGCCACGGAAAGAAUAUACUUUGCAGAAAACUCUUUCCAGAAUGUCUCAAAAUCUUGAGCCUAUGGAAUAUUCUGUUGUAGUCUGGUCCUCAGGUGUUGAUAUAAUUUCUCAUUUACAAUUUCUAAUAAAGGAAUAAUAUGCCAGCAAUUGAAAAA